AUGACAUAGGAGUACUUAUUGAUGUGUGAGUGCAUGUGUGUGAUGCAUGUGCUUCCCAGUUCAAUUAGAAGGUGCAUCACUGAGAGGGACUCAUUUUGUGGGAAUGAACACUACUGCCUGUGUUCUCCCGGGGACCUCUGAGAAAAUCUUGAUAGUUUCUUAAGGCCACUCUACAGUUCAGCCGCCAUUGAUGGAGGAAUAUAUAAGGCCUUCAGAUCCUCAUCAGGACACCAAGGGAGUCAAAGGGCACAAACCUGAAAUGUACAACCAUCAAGAAAGAGACCGCAAGCGUGGAAAGACUGGGAACUCAAAAACUCAACAAAUGAAGCACCAUCACCAAAAUCAAGCACAGCGUCAUCAGCGGAACCAGCAGAAGUCCCAUCAGUCAGAUGACAAUGAUAGCCAAGACAUCCAUUCAACAGCAGAGGACAGCAUUUUCAGUGAUCACCCAAACCAUCCACGUCACUUUGAAAACAACCAGACCCACCACUCUCACCAUUACCACCGCAAGCAGAGCCAUCGCCAUGUUUCUCUAUCCGAGAUUUCCUCAACUAGUUCUUCUUCAUCCUCUUCAUCUUCUUCUUCACCCUCAUCCUCCUCUUCAUCUUCCUCAUCUUCUUCCUCCUCUUCCUUUUCUUCCUCUUCUACAUCAUCUUCCUCUUCCUCCUGUCUGUCUUCUGAAUCCAGCAGUGGAGGAUCAGAGAGAGGUCCUAGUAUGAAGCACUCACAGUCCUGCUCGGACAUUUCCAGGAAGUACAGGUACCUGGAGGACGGUGAUGACACCGCUCCUCUGAUUGAUAAAGGAGGUAAUCAGAAUAUGAAUAAACUAGAUCGAGUAAAAGCCAAGUCUUCUGCCUCUGGACCUGCUCAUGGAACCCUGAAGAACAAACGGAGGACCAAAAUUGAAUUAGGGGUAAAUGGUGGAAGUUUUCGUAAAGCCAAAUCAAUGGAGGCUCUGACACAGCCUGGAGAGAGAGAGUGGGAAGAGAAUAAAGAUGAAAAAGAGACAGAGAAAGAGAAGACUGAAGCAAGGAAGAAUCUGAUGAAGGAAAAGAUGAAGUUCUCUGCAUUUCUGAAUGAGAUCACUAGACAGGUGCUCAGCCCAAUGAGACUCACAACGCUGGGGGUCACAGAUGCUAAGAGACCCUCUAGUCCAGCUCAGAUCUCUGUGAGAUCAUCCUGUACAGCAGAGAGCAGCUUAGAGAGGCUGCAGAGGAGCAGACCUACCAGUGCAGACUCUGCAAGGUCCAGCAAGACCCCCAAGACCACCAGGGCCAGCAACGACAGCACAAUGCUCUCUCACUCUAAAUCUUUACAUAACCAUCACCAUGGUCACAGAGCUGCAGACUCACCGUGCCAAUUGACCUGUCACAUGGCACACAGAGCCAGGAGCUGCACUGACAUUGGUUGUUCACCAAGACAACAGACACACAAACGGCAUCUACACCAUCACCGUGGAGAUCAGCACCGUUCUUCUCAUCGCCGUCACCAUGGAGACCACAACAGCCCCAAUUAUCCCUAUCACCAUGGAGACCACAACAAAAUUCACCACCAUCACCAUGGACACCACCAUAGUCCUGAUUGUCAUCCUACUGAUCACCACCAUCACUACAGUGACCAUCACCAUGGAGACCACUGCAACACAACUCAGCUCCAUGGGCACCAACAUGGCCAUGCUUCUCACCAUGGAGACCAUCAUAUAAAAACUCAUCACCAUCACCAUGGGGAUUACCAUAGCCCAACACAUCGCCAUGGAGAUCAACACAGUUCAGGUCACCAUCGCCGUAUCAGCCAUCCAAAUACUAAACAACUUCACCAUGGAGACCACAGCCCCACAAUUCAUCAUCACCAUAGUGACCAACAUACCACAACACAGCCUCGCAGCUAUCAUCAUCACCAUGGUAAUGAACACAGUGCACUACAUCAGCAUCAUCACCACAGAGACCAUCAGCAUCAUCAUGGAGACCACCAGCAUCACCAUGGUGAUCACCAAAGUUCAGACCACAAGCAUCACCAUGCUGAGCACAGCCCAACAAUUCAGCAUCACCAUGGAGACCACCAACAUCACCAUGGUGACCACCAGUAUCACCAUGGUGAUCACCAAAGUUCAGACCACAAGCAUCACCAUGCCGAGCACAGCCCAACAAUUCAGCAUCCUGAUAAUGAUCACCAGCAUCCUCAUAAUGAUCACCAGCAUCACCAUGAAGAGCAAAGCCCAACCAUUCAACAUCACCAUGGAGAUCAUCAGCAUCACCAUGGAGACCACCAGCAUCACCAUGGUGAUCACCAAAGUACAGACCACAAGCAUCACCAUGCCGAGCACAGCCCAACAAUUCAGCAUCCUCAUAAUGACCACCAGCAUCACCAUGAUGACCACCAGCAUCACCAUGGUGACCACCAGCAUCACCAUGGUGAUCACCAAAGUACAGACCACAAGCAUCACCAUGCCGAGCACAGCCCAACAAUUCAGCAUCCUCAUAAUGACCACCAGCAUCACCAUGAUGACCACCAGCAUCACCAUGGUGACCACCAGCAUCACUAUGGUGAUCACCAAAGUUCGGACCACAAGCAUCACCAUGCCGAGCACAGCCCAACAAUUCAGCAUCCUCAUAAUGACCACCAGCAUCACCAUGAUGACCACCAACAUCAUCAUGGUGACCACCAGCAUCACCAUCAUGACCAAAGUUCAGACACUCAUCAUCACCAUGAUGAGCACAGCCCAACCAUUAAACAUCACCAUGGAGACCACCAGCAUAACCACAGUGACCACCAAAGUGCAGAACAUCAGCAUCACUUUGGCAAGCAAAGCCCAGCAAUUUCUCAUCAUGGAGAUCACCAAAGUGAAGCUCAUGUGCUUCACUGUGAAGAUCAUCAGCAUCACCAUGGAGACCAUCUUCUUCACCAUGGAGAUACCCAGCAUUACACAGGAGACCACCAGCAUCACCAUGGAGAACUCCCAAGUGCUGACCAUACACAUCAUCAUAGAGACCAACUUGAUUCGGACAUUCAGCAACAUCAUGGAGACCAUCACAGUCUGGGCCAUCAGCGCCACCAUAGUGACCACCACAGUCCAUCCCACCAUUAUAACCACGGCACCCACCAUAAUGCAGAUCAUCAGCAUCACCACGGCAACCACCACAGUGCAGACCAUCAGCAUCACCAUGGAGACCACCAGAUUCCAGACCAUUCACAUCGCCAUGGAGACCACCAGAGUCCAGACCAUCAACAUCACCAUGGAGACCACCACAGUCCAAACCAUCAUCAUCACAGUGGUGAUCACCAAAGUGACUGUCAGUCAGUUAAAACAGACUCAGGGAGCAGUGGUCCUUCAGGUCAUGAAGAAGAACAGAUGAGCUUCAGCCCCUCAUUACAUAAAGAGAAGGUGAAUGAGCUGGGUCGAAUCAUGAUACUUCAAGAGCAGAAUGAAGGUCUGCAUCAGAGUCUGCUAAAGACUGCGGUGAGGAUGGAGUGUUUGGGAGAAGAGUUCAUAAGCAGCCAAAAGCUUUUGGAGACAGAACUUCAGAGGACACGUAUGGAGCUCAACAACCUCACAGAGAGGUUUAAGAGACUACACAACAACUGCUCCUCCACACAACAAACCAACUCUCUUCUCGAGCAAAGGCUUCACUUAGUGGCCCAGAGUAUGGAAGGAGAACGUGAGAGGUUGAACCGGCGUAUUUCAGCACUGACGGAGAAGCUUGCUGAUGCAAAACUUGCUAACAGUGUGGAAACAUUCAGUGGAACAUUAAUGCUGCAAAGAAAUGAACACGAUUUUCAGCCAGAUGACAUUGUGAACCAGGUGGUUCACCCCAUCACUCCCCCUCCGAUUGAGUUCAUGGACAACCACAACUAUGUAAAGGUCCAAGCCGGAGGAGGGCAGGAGCUUCCUCUGGGGUCAGUUCCAGAGGAAGAGGAGUCUGACUGGUCAGAGUUAGGAGAAGAGACACCACGAUUCAUACUGACAGGAUCUAACAGAGGUCCUGUCUGGAGACACCAGGAAGGAGACAUGGACAAAGACAGCGAGUCUGGGGGAGAGGACAUUUUUGGUCGACACUGUCCAUGUCCAAUACCUCACCUCCAGUUCAGUAUCCACAGCGAGAUAUCUGAUGGCAUGGCAGGCGAUGGCACUUACAGGAUCGCCAAAAGUCCAACCCAUGGCUCAGCCAUGUUGAUCCGGUCAGCUAGCAUGGAGGACAUCCCUCAUGCACACCAUGAAAUGCAGAAGGAGCUAAGAGGCAUGGAGGCCAUGAUGAACCUUCACCACCAGGGGGACGCAGCUACGGAGGAUUUAGACAACCACAUCAUUCAUCACUGGAGAGGAAGCAACGACAUAGCUAUUGCCAGGCCGAUAGAAAGCAGGAUGUCAGAGGCAGAAAACAGCCUGGCCAGUCUCCAGUCAGCUGAUAUGAUGCUCAACCACUUCAUCUGUGAGCAUCAGACCAGUGAAGGUAACGUUCAGGGCAGGGCUGAGUUACACAGCUGGACUGGAGGGAUUCCAGACGAGGUGUGGACAGGGGAGCGCACUCAGCUGUGACAGAAACCUGAAAGUAUAUUCAUGGUGUAAAUUACUAAUUAACACUCAUCUUAAUUCACAAGGGAAGGUGGCUCAGCACCACUUAUUAACAUCUGGUCUAAGAAGUGUUAAACUUUGAUUUCAAACUAUAAGACUGUGAUUGCCUGUGUCUUAAUAACAUUUUGUUGUUUUCUCAAUUAAAAUCAAAGUGAGAAAUAUAUAGUCAUAUUACAAACUUUCAACUACAAGUUUGAACUACUACUUCAAAGUACAACUUUUACCUGUAAAUAAUCAAAUAAAUACACAUUUCCUUGCCAAAUUGCAGCACAUAAUAUAUAUAUAUAUAGAUAUAUACUGAACCUUGAAACACCCUGCUUAUAUUUAGACAUGUAUUGGUGAAAUGUAAAUGUGUGUUUUUGUUAUAUAAGGAUAUAAUGUAGGCAUUCAUUUUUCCUGUCCUUUCUCUGUGACAAACAAAAUGUAGUUAUUUAGGUUACCUGUUGGUGUUAUUGCCUGAAAAGUAUAUAUUUAUGUAAUGUUUGCGUAGUUUGUUAAAAUGUGCAAUGUUAAAUGUCAUAUACUGCUCGUGUUUAGGAGAAUCGAAAAACCUAAAAGGCAUGCAUUAUACAAAUUAUUAUAGGAACUAUAUACAGUAUUUAUUUAAUCUAUCUACCUAUAGUUUAAUGUAUUCUUGUAUAUUAGUACAGUUAUGGAAUAGCUUUUAAUUUGUGUAUGUGCAGAAAUAUUGUCCUCUCAAUUUAUUUCUGUUGGUAACAAUAUUAGUAAACCUGCUUAAAUAAACUGGAGUAUUUGCACAGACCUCUGAAACAUGAAAAUAACCCCUAUGUAACUCUUUGUCCAAUAAACCACUUGAAGAAAUAAAAAGACAUACAUUUA